AUGGCAAUGGUCGCACAGAACAAUUUGCUGCUCAAGGCAGCUUCUAAGCAACUCUGCAAGGCUUUCGGCAUCAGACUCGUAAAAGACACCCAGAUCGUCCAAUUAGCCAAGAAUGCUUCCUUUGACGCCCUCUUCAUUGAUUUAGAGCACUCGACACUCUCCCUCGAAGAUGCGGGCAACCUCUGCCGGACCGGCUUGCAGCUUGGCAUCACUCCGUUUGUGCGAGUCCCCUGGAAGUGUGGGGACGGGUUCGUCCAGCGUGUGUUAGACGCCGGGGCCAUGGGCGUUGUGUUUCCGCAUAUACAGUCACAGAGUGAUGCCGAGCAAGCGGUUGCAAUUUCAAAAUACCCUCCAUUCGGAAGACGGUCAAUGACGGGGUCUUUGCCCACGUUCGGACUCAGGAAAACACCCGCCAGUACAAUCAUGGCCGAAAGCAACGCCAAUUUAUCCUCGGUGCUCCUGAUGGUGGAAACCAAAGAGUGUGUAGCCAACAUUGAUGCCAUUGCGUCGGUAAAAGGCGUAGAUGUCCUUCUCGUCGGUUCAAAUGACCUGUCUCUCGAGCUAGGAGUGCCUGGGGAAUACAAAAGUAGAGAGUUUCAAUCGGCACUGGAGACAAUCAGUCAGGCGUGCAAAAAGCACGGCAAGAUGCUCGGAUUUGCGGGCGUCUAUGAAAAUCGCGAGCUGCAAGAAUGGGCGAUUCAGAAGCUGGGUGCUGGUUUCAUUCUCGGACAGCAGGAUUCGGGGCUUCUGGCCAGAGCGUCUGUGGAAGUGGUGAAUGCUCUGGAGGCGAUUGAGGGCAGACAAUGA